UACUCCGCCAUUUUCCUCCGACAGUGGGGAUUCAAGAGGUCCUUAUGCAGCUGGGCAGGGCUGGGGUUGUGUUUUGUGUCCCUGCGGGUCGGUGCGAGAGCGAAGAGGAACCCGCGGGCCUCGGGGAAUCCUGGGGGGCCGGACCGGUGUCUCCCAAUUGGUGGGAGCAGAAGCGUGGGCGCAUCGCGGGCGGGCGGGGCCUGACGUGCAGCUGUGUUUCCAGUGUCCUCUGGGUGUUUCCAAGAGCAACAAAAAGUGCAUAAAUCUCUGAACCAGAUUCCACGUCUGUCAGGCGGAUAGACUCCAAUCCCGAUCCAUCCUGGGCUCCUGCUUGGAACAGAACUUCCCGCCUCAGUACCGCAAGGUCUAUUGGGAAACGCAGUCUCGGCUUCCAAUGACGUCACCAGCACAGAAGGGUGGAAGGGCCAUUUGGAUUCCUUUGCGAAUGCGCCGCUCCACCCACUUCCGCCAUCUUCUGCCUGAGAAUCUUGGCUGUUGCUGCCAUCAAGAGGCUGCUCUGAAGGCUGUGAGCUAUGCUUCCAGAGUGCUCUGUGCAUUUCCAAGAUCAACAGUGAAUGAAUCUCUGGUUGAAUGAGACAUCUACAUUGGUGGUCUCGGGGACUCCCGCGGGCCGGUAGCCCCCUGGUAGACGUGCCGGACCCUGACAUCUGGUGGCCCCGAACUGGGACCUGAGUACGAGAAGUACAGUGAUGCAUCCCAAAUCAGAGGAGACAAGGUAAAGCCGCGGUUCUUGUAGUUCUGGACUCAAAAUUAAUCUGCAGUAAAGAUGGAGUAAUGUGAGUUCAGAAAUCAGUCUGUGUUUUUAAUGUUGAUGCAUCAAAUGUUAAGAAAUAGAGGAGCUGAUGUAAAAAUGAAACGUGUUUCUAAGUUUUUAGAGAUUGUCUAUGUAUUGUGUCCAUGGGUCCCUGAGGAGGGAUCCUUAGAUGAAGCUACGUGGAGUAAAAUAGGAACUAAGAUUGAGGAAUAUGCCACCGCUCAUCAAUCUUCCCCGCAGGCAGAACUGUUACUUUUGGUUUGGCCGCAGAUGUGCCAUGCUGUCUGCCUGCCUUCCUGCAAUGCUGCUUGCAAGCACUGACACUCACUGCUUUCCUGCUGCCUCUCUUGCUUCUAAUCCCUCUUCCUCUUACAAAUCUAACUCUGAUGAUGGAGGGGGCAGCUGUAAUUUACCACCUUGUAAUCCUCUAAAUGAGCCCGAUUCCGCCCUCGGAGUCAGACCUGGAGCUGGAAGUGGAGGAGCUCAGGACACCCCCGAGCAAUUUUUCAGGCUCCUGGUUUUGCUUUCUAAACCUGCUCAAGCUUUUCCUGUGGUUACUAUGCCUUCUUUUAGACACUGGAGCAGAUGUUUCUGUAACUUCCUCAGAGUUUUGGCCCCCUGCACAGCCUGUCACACAGGCUGUCCCUGCAGGGCAUAGGCACUUUCUCUAACCCUUAUCAGCCAUCUCAGCUGUUAUCUUGGUCAGAUAAUAGAGCUGGUCCAGGAACAGCUCGCAGCUGGCAAUUUAAGACAUUCUGAUAGUCCAUGGAAUACUCCUAUUUUUGUCAUUAGAAAGAAAUCUGGUAAAUGGAGACUCUUACAAGACCUUAGGAAAGUAAAUGAAAUUAUGGAAGUCAUGGGACCUCUGCAACCUGGUCUCCCUUUGCCUGUUGUUGUUUCUCAAAAUUGGGAAUUACUAGUUAUUGAUUUGAAAGAUUGCUUCUUUUCCAUCCCCUUGGCACCUCAAGAUUGCUGCAGGUUUGCCUUUAGUGUUCCUGCAACCAAUUUUGACAGGCCUUUUGAACGCUAUGAGUGGACUGUUCUACCUCAAGGUAUGGCGAAUAGCCUGAACUUGUGUCAGAAAUUUGUUGCUCAGGCAAUUGCGCCCCUCCAUGAGCACUAUCUGGAUGCUCUUUUGCUACAUUAUAUGGAUAAUCUCCUUUUGGCCACUCCUUCCCCCAGCCUCCUACAGGAAGCCUUUCGGGAUUUAAGCGACCUCCUUACAAAUUCAGACUUAGUUAUAUCUCCUGUUAAAGUUCAAAAAGUAACUCUUUUCCAUUACUUAGGUCGCCUCAUUGACUCCAAUCAAGUGUCCUCUAAGACUCCUGUCUUACCUACUGCCCAUCUCAGUACAUUAAAUAAAUUCCAAAAGUUUUUGGGAGACAUUAAUUGGAUCAGACCUAGCCUUAAAUUAACUACUGGUCAGCUCAAGCCUCUUUUUGAUAUGCUCAGAGGCCCCGCAGACCCAAAGUCUCCCCGGACACUUACUGAUGAGGCUAGAAAUGCCUUGCAAUUGGUGCAAGAUGCUUUCUCAGAACAAAAACUAAACCGUGUCUCUAUUGGGGUAUCUUGGUGUUUAUGCAUUUUACACACCUCCUACACCCCCACAGGCCUCUUCUGGCAAAAGGGAAUCUUGGAGUGGCUCCAUCUGUCCACCAGUCUGCCUUGUAUUGUACUCCUUAUCAUGAAUUAGUGUCCAUGCUAAUUGCCAAAGGCCGCCUCAGGGCACUUGCUCUCUUUGGCUCUGACCCACCUCUCAUAAUUGUUCCUUACACCACUCAAGAACAGUCCUGGUUAUGGUCAUUCUUUGACUCAUGGCAAAUAGCUUUUGCAGGUUUCUCAGGACAACUUUCCUGUCAUUACCCCAAAGACAAAAUAUUGCAUUUUUAUUCUCAAUGUAAUCUAAUUUUCCCCAAAACUUGUUCUUUGCAGCCAAUUUCUCAGGCCACUUUGGCAUUUACAGACAGUUCCUCAAACGGACUUGCUGCUGGACAGAUUGAUGAUGUUCCCUUUUCUUUCCAGACACCUGAAACUUCCAUCCAAAGGGUGGAAUUGCUUGCUGUUCAAUAUAUGCUCUCUACUUGUGGUCAAUCAGUUAAUAUAUACUCUGACAGUCAAUAUGUAGUUAACUUGAUUAAUCUGCUGGAGAUAGCACCCCUAUUAUUCUCUGACAGUUCUGCUAUAAUACACCUACUUCUUCCUUUACAGCAGACUAUCCGCAAGCAGACUCAUCAAUUUUUUUAUUGGCCAUAUUUGUGCACAUACUAACAAGGCUCACGUAGCCUGCAACUGCAGUUUCACAUCACCAGAGAACAGGCUCGUGCCAUUGUUAAGCAAUGCCCUGCUUGUGUGACUCACUUGCCUCAAACUGCACAUACCGGAGUAAACCCUCGUGGCCUACAGCCUGGCCACAUCUUUCAGAUGAAUGUCACCCAUAUUGCUUCUUUUGGUUGUUUAAAAUAUGUGCAUGUAACCAUUGACACUUUUUCUCAUUUCAUAAUAGCUUCAGCCCAUACAGGAGAGGCAGCAGUCAAGGAUGUGACUGCUCAUUGUCUACUCGUGUUUUCCAGCCUAGGUGCACCAAAAAUUUUGAAGACUGAUAAUGCUCCAGCUUAUACCAGUUCUUCAUUCCAAACCUUUUGUUCUCAAUUUCAGGUGAUUCAUAAGACAGGAAUUCCCUAUAAUCCUCAGGGACAGGGAAUUGUUGAAUGUGCUCAUGCCACCCUUAAAACUUUAUUACUUAAACUAAAUAAUUCACCUCCUUCCUUUUACAAGUCUCCACAUGAUGUACUUCGGCAUGCUCUUUAUGUUCUAAACUUUUUAACCCUUGAUGCCCAGGGCCACUCAGCAGCUGAUCAUUUCUGGCACCCAAGGGACUCGGCCACGCCUAUGGUGUUAUGGAAAGAUUUUUUCUCUAAUCAGUGGAAUGGCCCUGACCCAGUGUUAAUUUGGGGCAGAGGUCACGUUUGUGUUUUUCCUAGAUCUGCCCCCUCACCUAUCUGGGUACCUGAAUGACAUGCCAAGCAUGCCCCAAAGAGGACAGUUCUCCCCAAGACUAGUGACCGUCCCAUUUCCCUGACUGACAUCUCCCCAUCAGCUGUGCCCUCAGAUGACUUCACGGAACUCCCUUCUCCCAAGAAUCCGACGUCUACAUCUGCAGAGGACAAUGCCCUGCCAUGCCCAUCGCCCUCGGCACCAGCCAGCGCCUUUUCAAGAAGUUCCAGUCCCCACCUGGACCCAAAUGCAAUGCCUGGUGACUGAUGCGUCACGCAUUGUUCGUCAGCAAGGACACUCCCACUCUGUUUUUAGCCAUGCUAGCUGUUUUGUCUUGUGAUCCUAUGUUGGCACGUUCUGUGUCCACUUAUGAUUCUCCGGGUGCUUUUUGGGACUGUGUCCCUGAUCCUCCUUUACUCUGCCCUGUUACUUGGGAUGACCCUGCCUUUACUGUCUUUCUUAACGACACCUCAAUAUUUGGCACCCCUUCAGCCGCUCAUAUCUAUCCUCAAUCAGCAGAUUACACAUUCUUUGGUCAAUCCAUUUCUCCUCCUAUGUGUUUCCAUGCUGCCAAACUGUAUUCUAUGCCCUUUUACAUAGAGGAUCCACAUUACACACCUGUAACUACUGCUCAGCCUUCACCCUCCUAUUGCUUCAAUUUAGGCAUUUGCAGUUCUUUUGCUUAUAGUGGCCUUGAAGCUGCACUCAAGGGUUCUCUCCAAUUUGCUAGAAAUUGGGUUACAUCCUAUAUUGGACUCAGGGAAUCAUCAGAAGUUACUCCUGCUAAACUGCCCAUAUACGACCAGCAACAUUGCUAUAAGACCAACAAAUCUUUUGACCCUGCACCUGUCUGGCGCCCUUGUCUUCCCCCAUCAGCUCAUGCUCUUCACUCCCACCUUAUUACAGGGUUUCCUCUUUAUGAUUGGUCUGUACCCUCUCAUCUUUCUGGCCUCUAUCGGUAUGUAGUUCCCGGAGCAUGGAAUACUCUGUAUACCAUAGCCUCUGGCAAAACCUAUUCCUCUUUAUGGAGGCUUUUUCUGGCUAUUCAUCCUUCUACAGUCUAUGCAGGCCUUGGAAGCAAUGUUGCUAAGCCUGUACAAACCUUCUCCAUCCAUUCUUGUGUAGCCGCUCCCUAUGCCUUUUUGCUAGGGCCAGUGUCUUUUCAUGUUCAAAAUGGUCAUUAUACUAUUUCCUGUUUAAAUUGCCUACUCACAAACUGUAGUGAUGCUUCCAGGUUCCCUGUUGAUACAAUUUUUAUUGUUCAUCAACCCCCUUAUGUUAUGCUCCCUGUAAAUAUUUCAGGUCCUUCGUAUGAUGAACAUUCAUACUCUCUGUUCUACAAAACCCAAUCUCUGCUCCUUUGAUGCCAAAAACGUUUCCUUGGUAUGUUCAUUGCUGGAAUUGUUGCCAUUGUGUCUGUGAUAGCUUCUACAGCUACAGCUGCUGUCGGUCUUACUAAAUCUGUUAAUACCUCUGUAUAUGUAAAUCAUUUAGCCAAAAAUGUUUCUAUUGCUAUGGGAACUCAAAUGUCUAUUGAUGAUAAAUUAGAAGCUAAACUGAAUGCCUUAGAACAAACUGUAACCAUACUAGGGGACAACGUGUAUAACUUACAAAAUAGACUUUCACUUCACUGUCAUGCUCAUUAUAAAUACAUAUGUGUUACCAGCACUCCUUACAAUGGUUCCCAGUGGCAGUGGCCACUUAUUAAGGCCCAUUUACAGAGCAUCUGGUCUCAUAACAAUCUCUCUCUUGACAUCUCACGUUUGCAGCAAGAAAUUUCGGCCAUUGACCUUUCUUGGUCACAAUUACCUGAUGAUGACUCUAUUGCUAACAGUUUUGUUGAUGCCAUGUCCUCUUGGGUACAACAGUUUCAUAUCCCCUCUUUUUCAUCACUGCUUGCCAUUGCUGCUUGUCUUAUAUUGCUGAUGUGCUUGCCAUGUGUCUUCCGCCUCUUGUCCUCCACCCUCCAAGAAGUGCAAUUGAAGGUGUUUGCCCUUCAUUUGCAAAGUAAAAAACCAGGAGAUGGCAGUGUUCACGCCAAGGGCUUGAGACAGUAGCGUGACUCACCCCAUCUUGGCUGCUGGACCUAUCUGCCCUCUCUCCCCACUCUCGAGGGCUGUCGAGUUGAGGGGAGAGUGGCUAAGCUACUGAGGCAAAAAGAAUGCAGAGUAAGGGCCUGUGGUUUAUGAGAACAUUGUGCUGACUGCUUCAUAUCCCCUUUAGUCUCUGUGUAAGCAAUAGGCUUGCUGCAAUUGAGAUGGCUGAGAGGGGCAAAGACCCCUGCUCAUAUUUUCUCAGGAGCUGAGCCUUUGCUCUACCUCCUGAUGGAAAACAUAGUUAACAAGCCACCUUAAGGGAACCAUUGUUUGUUUGCACUGUGUAUCUUUGAAAAACAUAUAUUAACUGUUAAACUGCUUUGUAAGCUAUUAUCACAAGCCCCCUUGAAACUGCUUUGUGAGCUGUUAUCACAGGCCCCUGAUAACUAUUUUUGCGUGCUUUCUGUUCCCUUUUCUGUUUGCCCCCUUUUCUGCUGAGCUAAAGUAAAUGUAACAAGAAAAAAAGGUAUAAAAGCUGUCAUCCACAGAAAUAAAGUUGCUGCUUGACUGCAA